UAUCUUUCUUUUUUAAAUAAUAAAAACUUUUUUUUUUCUCUGAAAGUAAUUCAAUGUCUCCUAUUACUGUUUCUUCUUCGGGUAUUGGUGUUGCUCAUUUACCUAAUCAGAGACACAAGAUUGUCACGAAUAAGGGAUGUAACUUUACCAUCAUGGUGUGUGGUGAAUCAGGUCUCGGUAAAACAACCUAUGUCAAUACUCUAUUCACAACCACUUUAAAAGACCAUAAAGAUCAAAACCUGAGACAUGCAAAGCAACUUGAUAGAACUGUCGAAAUUGAAAUUACCAAAACAGAAAUCGAGGAGAAAAUGUUUAAAGUGAAAUUGGCAAUUGUGGAUACACCAGGUUUUGGUGAUUAUGUCAAUAGUCAUAAUAGUUGGAUUCCUAUCUCUGAAUUCAUUGAUGAUCAACAUGAAAGUUUUAUGCGUCAGGAACAACAACCCAACAGAGAAACCAAGAUUGACAUGCGAGUUCAUGUGUGUCUCUACUUUAUCAGACCCACCGGACACAGUUUAAAGGCCCUCGAUAUCGAAAUGAUGAAGCGUUUGGGUUCCAGAGUCAAUUUGAUCCCCGUAGUGGCUAAAGCGGAUACCCUCACCCCCAAGGACCUGGCCGAAUUUAAGGAACGUGUGCGCAAUGACAUCGAAGCCAAUCAUAUCAAAGUAUACCAAUGCCCCAUCGAAAGUGAAGAUGAAGAUGUCACCACCGUCAACCGCGAUAUCACAGCUGCCAUGCCCUUCUCUAUCAUUGGCUCUCUUCAAGAUGUUCAAACCAACGAUGGUCGUGUCGUCAAGGGCCGUGCUUACUCUUGGGGUGUAGCCGAGGUGGAGAAUGAAGCACAUUGCGAUUUUAAAAAAUUGCGUCACUUGCUCAUCCGCUCUCACAUGCACGAUUUGAUUGAUACCACCGAGUCCGUUCAUUAUGAAAACUAUCGUCUGAAUGAAAUGGGCUCACGUAAAUUCGGUGAGAGCAAACUUUUGAAGGGCGAGAACCCCAAGCACAGAGAGAAAGAAGAAUCCCUUCGCAAGGAAUUCACAGAACAAGUAAAGAAGGAAGAAAAUCGUUUUAGACAAUGGGAAACACAACUUGUGUCUGAACGAGAUCGUUUAAACAAAGAUCUGGAAGCUAGACAUGCUCAAAUCAAGGCACUCGAAACAGAGCUGGAAGCCUUGUAUCACAGAAAUGGUGGCUCCGUUAGAAGAUAAUAAUCAUUUUUUUUUUUUAAAUAGUAAUCAUAUAAUAAUAAUCAUAAUAAAAAAUAUCCUCCUCCUCCUCCUCCGUUUUCUAUCUCACUUCGUUAUUUGUUACACUG